AUGAAGGUGGGUAGAGAGAACAGGACAGCCUUCCCUGGCCUCUGGGACUAUGAAGUGGGUAGAGAGAAGAACAGCCUUCCCUGGCCUCUGGACUAUGAAGUGGAUGAAGUGGUUGAGGCGUUCUUUCUGGACAGUACUACUGUGAACUAUCUAGAGGUGGAAGUGUGUCCACAUGGACAACACUUGGUGUUACUGCUCUCUGGAAGAGGUCACGCAUUCAUGCAACAACUGCCCCUGUCGUUCACGGCAACCAUCACAGGAAACAGGUGGGAGGGUGAGGCUCUUCUCCCCUGGUGUUACUUCCCCCCUAACGUCAACAAGAUGAACUCGUACGCCAUCCACGGGUCCGGGGCGGGGCGUACCUACGAGUCCCUCUACCCCGUCCCCCAGGCUGACCUAGUGGAGGGACAGAAGCCCAACUUGUGAGUAUGUUUAUUGCC